AUGGAAUGCACAUGAUCAGAAUAUAACUAUCCUCAUAGAUCGACAUGGUGGUCGAAGGGCACGGUGGCGGUGGUGACGGGGGCGAACAAAGGGAUUGGUUUUGCGAUUGUCAAGAGGCUCGCGGAGCUCGGGCUCACGGUGGUCCUCACUGCUCGAGACGUCGAGAAAGGGAAGGCGGCUGUCGAGUCCCUGAAAGCCCAAGGUCUCGACGUUGCCUUCUGCCGCUUGGAUGUUGCUGAACCCUCGUCGAUCCAAGCCUUCGCGUCGUGGCUGCGCCAAACCUUUGGAGGGCUGGACAUUCUUGUAAAUAACGCGGGUGUCUCAUUCAAUGAGAUCGACAGCAACUCGGUGCAGCACGCAGAAACCGUGAUGCGUACAAACUUCUACGGACCGAAGCGACUGAUCGAAGUGCUCCUCCCUUCGUUCCGUCGAUCGAACGCCGCGAGCAGAAUACUCAACAUUAGCUCUCAGCUUGGCCUUCUGAAUAAGCUCAGGAACAACACAUGGAAAGCGCUUCUUGAGGAUGAGGAGAGACUAUCCGAAGCCGAUAUCGAGCAGAUGGUGUCGCAGUUUCUUGACCAGGUGAAAGACGGGAGCUGGGAGGAGGGAGGGUGGCCGAUGGUGUGGACGGAUUACGCGGUGUCGAAGCUCGCGCUCAAUGCCUACUCUAGGCUGCUGGCAAAGCAGCACGAGGGGCGCGCCCUCAGCGUGAACUGCUUCUGCCCCGGAUUCACUCGCACCGCCAUGACUCGCGGGCAGGGGAGUCGGACUGCUGAGGAGGCAGCAGACUUCGCUGCCAUGCUCAUGCUGCUUCCUCCUGAUCAGUUGCCCACCGGAAAAUUCUUUAAGUUGUCUACGCGUUCACCGUACUCGAAGUUGUAGGAAUACUACAUAUUUGUGUCAAAAGCUGAAAAGCCAAUUUAGAUGUUCGAACAAGCGAUAACCUUUAAAUAAACUAAAACAAUCUCAGCAUUCAUAGAUAAAACUACUACCAACGAGUUUCUGUCUUAAGGCACACUGCAUAGACAAACACAUUUGUUUAGGCGAAGAUACACAGUUUAAAGAAGAAAUUAACAACAUUUCCAAGCAUUCGGAAUUGAAAACCACAUUCUUAAUGAUCUGUCUUAGGAUUUCCAUAUUUAACUACAG